ACCUUCGUGAAUUGUGAUUCGGUGUUUUUAAAAAGUGGGGAAUAAAGACAAAACAGAGACCACCACCAUUAAUGGCUUUCUUCACCGAUACGAACAAGACAGGACACAACAAACUCAAUCCCAGCCUCCUCCUCCUCCGUCUUCUCCCUUAUUCCCUUUUCGUUUAAUCCCCCAAUUUUUUCAAUUAAUCCCUCCUUUUCUCCUCUUAAUCUGAAUCCGAAGCAACGCAUAAUCCAUAACAAAGUCUGGAAAAUUUCUUCCGGGAUAAUAAAGAGAUCCAUUAGGAGUAAAUUAUCUGACAAGAGAAUACAAAGGGCAAUUUCAUUUUAGUUGAAUUAGGGAUUUGGGCUCGUCAUGGCUCCUGGAGGCAGUGCUUUGAAAGAAGUCAUGGAAUCUAAUUCAACGGGAAUGGAUUACGAGGUUAAAACGGCAAAAGUGGAAGUUAAUAAUAACAAACCUACAAAGCCAGGGAGUGCAGGGAUUGGAAAAUAUGGGAUCCAUUCGAACAAUGGUGUUUACGAGCUUCUUGAAUGUCCCGUCUGUACAAAUUUAAUGUACCCUCCAAUUCAUCAGUGUCCGAAUGGCCACACAUUAUGUUCAAACUGCAAACUGAGAGUGCAGAACACAUGCCCUACAUGUCGCUACGAGCUUGGUAACAUAAGAUGCUUAGCUCUUGAGAAAGUUGCAGAGUCUUUGGAAGUUCCAUGCCGGUACCAAAAUUUGGGGUGUCAUGACAUUUUCCCUUACUACAGCAAGCUUAAGCACGAGCAGCAUUGCAGGUUUAGGCCUUACACUUGCCCUUAUGCUGGUUCUGAGUGUUCGGUUACAGGUGAUAUCCCUACACUUGUCGUUCAUCUCAAAGAUGAUCAUAAAGUCGAUAUGCAUGACGGAUGCACCUUCAACCACCGUUAUGUAAAGUCAAAUCCACAUGAGGUCGAAAAUGCUACAUGGAUGCUUACGGUAAAACUUUCUUUCGAUAUGUUUUCUUCUUUUUAUCAAAGGUUUCUAAUUUAAAGUCUGAUUCAGGUUAUUUCUUCAGAUGAAAUUUUUAUGCAGGUUGUGAUUUUAUAUCAUCAUAUGACUAAGCUUUUACAUUCACCUUCUUUCGCUGUUAUCCUCAACCAUGAAAUAUUCCUGGCUUUAGCUCUUUUCUACAAAAUACAGAUUGGAUUCUUUAGAAGGAACUAUAGGAAUCUCUGGCUCUGCUCUUUUAUGCUAUUUUUGGAUUUCUAUUUUGCCUAUUAAAUUUUGACCUUGAACAAUCCGGUGCCAAACUCCCUUACUAGCUGCUAUUCCGGUUCCCGCUUUGCUCUUCUUUGUUAGUCCAAUUUUACGGUCUCCUUAAGUACCUACCAUAGGGUCUCUUAGUCCCACUUUAAUCCUCACACUUAAACUUGAAUCUCAGUUACUAAAAUUUUGUUUCCAGGUGUUCAACUGUUUUGGGAGACAGUUCUGUUUACACUUCGAGGCGUUCCAGCUGGGAAUGGCUCCAGUGUACAUGGCAUUCCUUCGUUUUAUGGGAGAUGAGAACGAGGCGAAGAAGUUCAGUUACAGCUUGGAAGUAGGAGCUCAUGGACGGAAAUUAACAUGGCAAGGGAUCCCUAGAAGCAUCCGUGACAGUCACAGGAAAGUCCGGGACAGUCAAGACGGACUCAUCAUCCCAAGGAACCUCGCACUCUACUUCUCUGGAGGUGAUAGGCAAGAACUCAAGUUGAGAGUGACUGGACGAAUCUGGAAAGAGGAGUAAACGAAAAACGAAAAACGAAGAAAAGAAGGAAUCGAUUGAAAAAUGUUGUACAUAAGAAGAAGCCUCGUGGAAGAGCUAAUGAUCAUAUGGAAGAUUUGAAGUUUGUUGUCUGGUUUUAGUGUGGUAUAAUGGAUUCUUCUCCAAUGGGAAUGAAGAUGAGAUGAUGAUAAUGACAAAUCUUCUAUGAUGAAUCAGUUUGGAGGAGCCAUUGUUACUAUUUUGUGGCUGCAAGAACUAUAUUAUCUCUGUAUUUUUUGUUUUUUUUGUUGGGAUUUCUUUUGUGGUUUCAGAGAAUGUAGGAAAAAGUAAGACAUGGUUUUGGCUAUGUUCUUGUUGUAAAACCAAGUUCAAAACAGAUUGGUGCACUUUUUAUCUUUUCACAAUGGUGAUUUUCAUUCAGUUUA